AACUUUGUGUUUGAGUGGCAGUUGAGUGUAAUAGUGAAUUGUUUCAAGGGCAAGGGUGAUGCAUUAGAAAGAGGUAACUAUAGAGGUUUGAAGUUGGUUGAUCAAGUAAUGAAAGUUAUUGAAAGAGUGAUUGAUAAGUUACUUAGAAAAAGAAUUGAUAAAGAUAAGAUGCGAUUUGGUUUUGUUCCAGGGCGUGGCACUACAGAUGCAAUAUUUUUACUCAGACAGCUUCAGGAAAAGUAUUUAGCAAAGAGAAAGAAUCUCUAUUUUGCCUUUGUAGAUUGAGAGAAAGCUUUUGAUAGAGUGCCACAUAAAGUUAUUUAGUGGGCUAUGAGAAAAUUAAGUGUGGAUGAGUGGCUAGUUACGAUUGUACAGUCUAUGUACAGCAAUGCUAGAAGUCGUGUCAGGAUUGCCGAUUCACUUAGUGAUGAAUUUAGUGUAAAUGUUGGUGUACAUCAGGGUUCUGUACUUAGUCCUUGUUGUUUUUUCUAGUCUUAAGCGCUGUCGAUGGAGUUCAGAACAGGUUGUCCAUUGUAUGUAGAUGAUUUGGUUCUCAUAGCUGAAUUGAUGGAAGAAUUAGUUAAAAAAGUUUGAGAAGUAGAAGAAUCCUUUCUUCCACUUCUCCAGCUUUUUCAACUAAGAAACUUUUUCAACUAGAAAAGAAAGGGCUAAAGGUAAACACAGCAAAGUCUAAAGUCAUGAUUAGUAGCAUUGCAGCCAAGUGUGACCUUGUAGUUGGAAAGUCACCUUGUGGAGUUUGCAAUUUUUUGUCAGACCUGCAAGCAUUGAGUACAUAAGAAGUGCAGUAGAAUUGGUGGAAGGUUAAGAGCUGAUAUUCAGUUUGUAUGCAAGCGUUGCAAAGGUGAGAUUAUAGAGAAUGAAGUAUUUCCAGCUUCAAUGAUGUACAACAGUGGCUCGCUAGAGAUAGUUGAGAACUUCUGUUACUUAGGUGAUAUGUUGGGCAGUGAAGGGGGUGUUGAAAGAAGUGUUACUUGCAGGAUAGUUUAUGCUUGGAAAAAGUUCAGAGAGUUACUUCCUUUGUUGACUAGCAGAGUCCUGUCAAUUGAGGUAAAAGGUAGGUUGUAUGAGGCCUGUGUAAGAAGUGUUAUGUUGUGUGGUAGUGAGACAUGGGCAGUGAAGCAGGAAGAUCUUGACCGUUUAGAAAGGAAUGAUAUGAGAAUGGUUAGGGGGAUGUGUAACGCCAGUCUGAGAGACAGAAAGAGUUCAGAUGAGCUAAGAAGCAGGCUAAGUCUCCGUAGAAUUAAAGAUGUUAUCCAGAUAAAAAGAUUGAAUUGGCUGGGGCACUUGGAAAGAAUGGAGGAGGAUAAUUGGGUAAGAGAGUGUAGAGACUUGAUAGUUCAUGGGGCAAAACCCAGAGGCAGAUCAAGAAAAACUUGGGAGGAGGUUAUAAGGACAGACUUGAUACAGAGGAAGUUGAGUUUAGAUCUAACACAGUCUAGUUUAGAUUGGAAGAGGGUCAUUAAUAUAAACCGUCCAACCCAUGCUAGCAUGGAAAACGGACUUUAAGCGGAGAAUGAAUGAUGAUGAUGAUGUGGUUGUUGAGAUUAACAUUGAGAGCUUCAGGAACUUCUUUUUGGUUACUGCUUUUCUAAGUUCUCAAUAUAUACAACUGGAAAGAUACUGCUGCUGUUGUUUGUCAAGUCCACUCGUUGUUAUAACCAUUUUUGAA